CCCGCCCCCGACGCUGUUUCCGGUUCUCUUCACACUUAGCUUCACACCGGCUAACGGAGAUCAUUUCUGCAGGUUUUCACAAUAACUUAUUGCCACAUCUCCACAGAGGAAAGUCCACAGCUGACACACGGGUUGCACAACUUCUCCUCCAACAUGACGAAGCACGAGUUCGAGGUGGCGAUGACCUGUGAGGGAUGUUCAGGAGCCGUGACCCGGAUCCUCAACAAACUGGGAGAUGUGAAGUUUGAGAUCGAUCUGCCCAACAAACUGGUUUGGAUCGAGUCCGACAAAGACGUGGAUUUUCUCACGGAGACUCUGAAGAAAUGCGGGAAGGACGUCAAGUACAACGGCACCAAAUGAAGGAUGUGCUGCACGGAGAACAGGAAAUCCUGUCUGCUGAUGCAAAGUGAAGAUCUAUGCUGGAAAAAGUCUAACGGACCCCCCUCUAAAGCUAAUGCGCACAAAAAAAACCACGUCACAUGAAGUCAGCCCUCUUUAUAUGCAGCACGAUAAUCCGUAGUUUCCUGGAAUGAUUUAUCACUUCACAAUAUACAGAAAUGUCCUUAAGGUAGCUGUAAUGAUUCAUGUGUUGUGUUACUGUUCAGAUAUUUGAUAACUAGCAGGAUAUGUUGUUGAGUAUUAACUGCAAAAGGAAGAACAUCAAGACAAUGUAUGCCAUUUUCCAGUUUUUAAAAAAAGCUGCAAACAAACACUAACGGACUUCCUUUACACUGAAGUUACAUUCCCUGGUUUGUAAAACUUAAUGCGAAUUAUAGCCUCUGUUUCCUUCAGUGUUAUUGCAUUUAUUGGACUUAAAAUGAUAACAAAAGAUGUGUGUACUACGAGGAAAACUCAGUCAUAUGCUGGACAAACUGCUUCCUGUACACUUAACACAGGUCAUAUCAAUCAUGUUGAUUAAUAACACGUCGUUGUUUUAUAUGAACCACCUGGAGCCCACUGUCUUUAUGCUAGGGAAAUAAAGUCACUUCUGCCUCA